ACAACGUGUUUGCAGCUCCAGACUACUCGAGUGCUACUGCUCCCACCUUCCCAUUAGAGAAGAGUCUCAGAAGAAAUCUUACAACAGCACGAGGAAGUGGAACCACCGCAAAAGAUCCUGUCCCACCAGCCGUCCCAAAACAAGAUGAGUUGCGUGCUUCGAGUGGCAAGCCUGCUAACAGCAGUAUUAUACCUGCUGUCACAAUCCUCGGAGGUCAAAGCUAACCUAAAUCCACUGAGAUGCUUUUGCUUGAAAUUAAUUGAUACCGUGCCUCCCCAAUACAUCAAGAACUUUGAAAUAAUACCAAGAGGGUCCCAUUGCAAGAACACCGAAAUCAUAUUAACAUGGCAGGUGAGAGACAAAGAGAUGAAAUCCUGCCUUAAUCCCAAAGGACGUCAGGGCAAGAGGCUGCAAAGGUGCUUUAAAAGAAUCCAGAACGACUCAAGCAAAAAGAAUGAGUGCAUUAGAAGAAUGAAGAGACGCCGCAGAGGGAACAGGAAGGGGCGCAAAAGCUCUAGGAGGUCACAGGCCACACCCGAACAACAUUGAGCCCAACUGGUGGACAACACUGACGAUCCGAUAACGUCUAGAACACAAACUUUAUAUGUGCUUUACAGAACGUUACUCCUGCCAUACACAGCUGGGUGCCCUGUGCUCUUUGUAAAAUGUGGAACUUCACGCUGGGAUAAACGUUUGGCUCUGAUGUUGGGCAAAAUACAUAUACAAUAUGUUUAUUAUAGUUUCUAUCACCUCAGGCAUUUGACACUCUUGGCAUGGCAUCCAAGAUGGAGUGUAAUAAUAAUACUACUACUAAUAAUAAUCCUUGCAUUUGAUGUAGUGCCUGAUCAUUCGAGAUGUCUCGAGGUGGUGCUUCACUGAAUAUGUUUUAAGUGAAUUGAAUGUAUAUUUUGUGGGCGAAACGCAGCAGCCAAUUGCGCACAGCAGAUAAUAUAUAUUUAUGGUUGUACUUAUUAUAUAUAUGAAAUAUGUUAAAGCAGUACUGUAUGUAGAGAUACUAACAACUGUCUGUGGGACCACUGCAAUGUCAAAGAAACUUUGUUACAACAACAACUUGCAUUUAUAUAGCACCCCUCACGCAGGAAUGUGUCUCAGAGUGCUUGACAGUAGCUGAGCCUAACAUUUAGAUUGCAUUGAUUCAUACUGGAGCAAUAUGGUUAGAAAUGUCUACCACUAUGUGCAGAUUAGGGAUUUUGUACAUAGGAAACAACUGUGCACAAACAGUUGAUAACACAGGCGUUUUACCAUACACCAAUGUGCUCUCCCUCUAUCGGGGGAUAUUUCACCAGAUACAUUGUGGCACCAAGAGAUAGCGAGGAUGUGAGUGGCUCUCAACCUGUUGCCAGUGAUGCUUAGAGCAAUGUUGGGCAAUGUGCCAGGGAUGCUUUUCCUUCUGACUUUCUUUCCCUCUGUGCCGAGGAAAGAGAAGAAGGGCAGACAUGCGACACACAUCCCGGUUCAUGAAAGUUCAUGGUUAAAAGGCUCUGCCUCACCAGUCUUUCAACGAUGACAACAAAUUGCACUUAUAUUUACUUGGUGGGGGGGAGGUGUCAAACACGUCUCGAUGACCUUCAAAAGGGUUUAGGAGUGCAUUACGUUCAAUUUUUUCAAAAUAUAUAUAUUAUUGUGAGAAAACAAAGAAAAAAGUACAAAUUGCACGUGUUACAUGAAAAGAAAAUUGUUUUAAUAAAAGUCAAAAAAGUCA